AUGAGGCCUAAUCAUCCUUAUACAAUAACAUUUCCUAUAUGGUAAUGUGAUCAAUGGACUGCAUUUAGAGGACGUCUGAAACUAUCUGACAAAUAAGUUAUUAUAGCAAGAUGGAAUAAUACUAUGUAUUUAGAUGAAGAAUUAGCAUUUUUUGAUUCACAACAUCGAAUUAAACCAUAAAAGGAUAUUAUAAUGCUCAAACCAUAAAUUAGUUUACUUCCUUCAAUAUUAUAGAUAGUUAGAACUAAUACAUACACAGAUGUCUUAAUUGAGAAUGUUUCUUAGUGGUUUUUAACUACUGGGAAUCUCUCUAAAUUAUUGCUAAUAUAUUUUGCAUAUGAUCUUUAUACUGGAUGUUCUCCACGUGAUUGCACCUUAGAGAAUAUAAUUAAAAAUGAUGAUUCUAUUGUUAUUUUAGAUUUCGGUUUGAGAAAGCGAACAGAAAAAUACUGUGUCUAUUGGAAUCCCUUAAUUCUUAAGGGUAAGUCUUGUAGAUCAUCUUAUUAAUGGUCUCUAGGAAUUAUAUACUUAGUUAUGACUUAAGGGACAUAAAUUCUUAAUGAGAUAUAAAAGCACAUAACUGCAUGGUUAAAAGGAGGAAGAUUGAACAUUGAAUUUUUGAUAACCAAUAAAAAGUAAUCAGUCCAAAAUUUAAUAUCCUCUCUUUUAGAUCUAGAGAAUCCAAUACCUUGGGAUUAAAUCCCAAAUCAUCCAGCCUUUAGGGAAGAUAUUGCUUGUCAAUAAAUUCUCAAAGAGUUUUAAGGCAAAUCAAUUAAAACUGAAGUAAAAAGUAGAUCUUCAUCAAGAACAAAUAGUAGAGAUGAAAAUAGCAAUUAAAUUAGUAUUAUGCCUUGCCCUUAUGGAUUAAAGAAUCCAAUAAUUAGUGAUUAAAAUAUAAUUAAUCAAUCUCUAAUAACAAAGGUUAGUAAUUUGUAAAAGGCUCAUCAAGAUAAAGUACGUAAUGCUUUGGGCAAUAUGUAUUCAUCUAUAUUAAAUAGACAUACAUCAACAUCUUAAUAAAACAGGUAAAUAACCUAAACAAAUAAUAGUCCAAACAAGUAUAAUAACUUUUUUAACUCUACAAAAAUAUUACCUAAAUCUAAAACAAAACCAUAGAACCUUGGAUUCAAAACUUUUAGGAAUUAAAAUUAAGUUANAAUAAAAAACUAUAGAUGA